AUGUCUGAGUCAUCGCACUUAUACGCGCCACAGCCGUUACAGAGGAUUCACAUUGAGUAUCCAGAGUUAGCUCAGUUUUCCAGCAACGAAAGUGCUCCAAGAAGACCUGGUGUCAGCUACACACCGGUGACUGUGCUGCUGCCCUCCGACCGGCGACUGAUCAUGAUUCCAGCAUCGUUUCACAUACCCCCAAAUGGGUGCAUUUUGGUAGACGUUUCCAAUCCAGACAACGAAGAGGUCGCUGACACCCCCGAAAACAAUUCUGUUCGAUCUAGGUCUGCAAGCAAUGCCUCCAGCGCCGAUAUGGUCGUUGAAAGUGAGAUCAACACGGAUAUGUCGAAUGGGUGCACAGACUGGACGCUCAACAGUCAUAGCAAUUUUAUGCAGUUUUCUGACAUAUUGAGCAGCAGCACCGCACCCAGUCAUGACUCGUCCCAGGCUAUCAACAGCUAUUUUAGCAUGGGUUCAGCAUUUGGCCAGCAGCAGCAGCAUUUAACCGCCGCUGAAGAGUUUACAAAAGUUCAGAACACAAAGGACCAUGAUAGCUUUACCGACGAUUUUGCAGGCAGCAGCAACUUGACCAAUCUUUCGGUGGCUGAUUUGAGCAUCCUGCCAACACAGAUGAACAUAGAGAAAUCGACACAGUUGCUGAAACGAAUUCGAGAGGAGGAUAGCCAGGCAGAACUUCUCAAGCCAAAAAAACCGCAGAACGCAUUCUUUCGUUUCAGGCGCCAGUUCCAUAUGGAGUGCAUGGCAACAGGAAAAAAGCACAUGGCCAAGGAUAUCUCGGAGAUGGCAUCAAAAGUGUGGCGUUCUAUGACAGAAGCUCAAAAGGAUUACUACAAACAGCUUGCUGACGAGGAGAUGGGCGAGUACCAGGUGAAAAAGGACACCUACAAGGAGGCAACAAAGAAGGGAAGGAAACGAACAAAAAAAACGCUCAAGAGCCCGCCCACUUCCGCUGCAGCGCUGGCCACUUCGGACAAUAGUAAUAUCAGUCCCGUUUGUCAUCCUGACUCCACUUCAAAGGCUAUUACAGCUUACCAGCAUGCUAGAAAUAGUCACAACAAUACUGCAGCUGCGUUAACGUUUGCAACAGCCGCCGGGAUUCCACUUGACAUGGGCAGCUCCGUUUCUAGCUCGCACAUACCACUGCAUAUUCCAAAUAUUACAUCCAGUAAUUAUGACUGGACACAAGCUAUACUCGGUGGACCAUCAAUCUCGCUCAUGGACACGGAUGGGCCAAGUAUGCAGAGCAAUCCCGCGUUGCAGUCAAGCACCCCUGCGUCGGGCGCGGAUAAUCAAAUUGAUUACUUGACGGAUCAAAAUCAGCCGGUGCGACCUCAACCCGGCCAGUUGUCGUCAGCAAACAGCUACUUUUCAAAUUCCCAUCCUGCCAAUUCUGGAAUUAGCGCGCCCACCAGGACACCAAACAACCUCACCGGCGUUCUUCCAUCCAUUCCUGAUAUUGCGGUCGUCGAUCCAGAAAGCGAAGAUAACAUACAUACACUUCAGUACUUUUGA